AUGGAAAAAUACGAACUUGUGGGAGUGGAGAAAUGGCAUCCCGUUUUUACCAGUCUGGGCCGAAGUGGCUCUGGGUUGAAAGGUACAGGCUUUCGAGCCGAAACGAGCAGCGGUGUGUACUUGGAAUUCAUUGCAAAGACCGCAGAGGACGCUUCUAAGGGGAAAUCUGCCAUUACAGCUGCAACUACGAAAGAACAGACACUGUGUCACGCGAUGCCACGUCGCCAUUUACUAAAGUUGAAAGAUCCUCAGAAGUCAAAUAAAAAGAAAACUGUGAAGAUGGAGCCGUUAAAGCUCUGGAAAACUCGCUACUGCGUUGUCAUGGGCUCUCACUGGCUCGUAUACGCGAACCAAAGUCAAGGUGUUUCGUCUGGUGAAGCUCCGACUCCUGUGGCAGUGUACGAACUGCUAGGCAUUGCAAUAACCGACGGAGAUGAUGGAACCAUGAACGAGUUCUCGAUCCACGUCGUUCCUGGUCGACAGGUCAAGUGCAGAGCUCGCUCGAGUCUGGAGCGAAAACGCUGGGUUAAUGCUGUCGGAGAUAAGUUAUCGGUACAGGCCAAUCCAACAGAAGAUCUCGAGAGAUUUGCCAAGCAGCAUGAGGAGAAACUGGCUGCUCGUGAAGCGGUUAAGAGCAAGUUGCACGAGGUUAAAACGGAUCCCAGGCGCUUGUCGGCACUGAUAGGGGAGGCAAUUCAAAGCGCGCAAGGGGAUUCGGAUUCCGACUCAGAAACGCGAGGAGAUUCCUUGAAUGAGGAUUCUUCACUGCGUCAGCGUUCAGGGCCGGAUUACAUUGAUGGGAGUCGAGCUCCCCGAUAUGAAAAAAUUCAACUUCAAAAGUUCCAUAAAUACGGAGCAACAUUUUUUUUUACCAUUGAAGAGUAUCUGGACGCUCAUGUUGGAGAGACAGUGGAGGCGCAGUUCCAGCACGGAGACGAGCAGUACACAGCCACUAUCAGUAUCCAGGACUUACAUUCCAUCACGCCCGACAGAUACUUGGAGAUCGGAGGAGGAAUUGUACAUGCACUUUCCUACCAGCAAGCGCGCAACCCUUGGCGGGACAGCCCACCUCCUACAUUAGACGACUUCGCACGGGUCUUGGCCUCGCUUCCGAACGGCUUCCGAACGUUCCCAAUGCAAAUGUGCACUCGUAACGACGAAGACGGGCUUUGGUAUUCCAAGCCGUAUACGUUAGAAACAUCCAAUGGAGAGAACUCACUUGUGGCUACAGCAAAUGGAAACCCGACGUUUGCUCCUGCACCGUUGAGCUUUCCUGGAGGCAACGCACUCGGUAAGAAGACGUUACUGUCGCUGGUGAUGGUAUCGUUUGAUAUUCCUUACAUGAUUGAUGGCAUUUCGAGCUCGAGUUACCACGGGAUGGGAGUCGUCGUGGAUGCUGAACAAGGUUUUGUGCUUGUGGAUCAAAACACUGUCCCUGUUGCGUUGGGCGACGUGUUGAUUACUAUUGCUGCUAGCGUGGAAGUCCACGCUAAAGUGGUGUUUGUGCAUCCAGUUCACAAUUGUUCCAUUGUACAAUACGACCCUAAGACUCUGGGCGCUGAAGAAGCGUGGCAACGCGAUCCAGUACUUGUAGCGAAGAAGGUAUAUCUAAUGCGUAUGAUCUAG